AUGCGCGACACAAUGCGCGCAGUAGAUAUCAAGAAUGGCAAAGGUCCAAUCGAAGCCCUCCAAAUCGCCGAAGUCCCCAAACCCAAGCUCGGCAAGUCUCAAGCACUCAUCAAAAUUAAAGCGUUCGGAUUGAAUCGCAUGGACCUACUUCAGCGAGAAGGGCACUACCCGGUGCCGCCUGGAGCGUCCAAGAUUCUCGGUGUUGAGUUUUCGGGAAUAGUUGCGGAGCUAAGUGAGGAAGGUGGUGGGAAGGAAGGGUUCAAGGAGGGAGACGAAGUCUUUGGACUAGCGUAUGGCGGGGCUUACGCAGAGUAUAUCGCGGUUAGCACGCACAUGUUGGUUAGGAAGCCAAAAGAGUUGAAUUGGGAACAAUGUGCUGGUAUUCCUGAGACGUGGAUCACAGCCACCCAGGCCAUGUACCUAGUCGGUCACUUCGCCGCCGGGAAAUCCAUUCUCUGGCACGCAGCCGCCUCUUCCGUCUCCAUCGCCGGUAUUCAGCUCUCUCUCGCCGAUACCGCCUCCGCAGUAUAUGCAACUGCACGACAAGACGCCAAAUGCAACUUUGCUGUCAAGGAACUCGGCGCAACAGCUGCCUUCAACACUACGACCCAAAACUGGGCCGAAGAGGUCAUGAAAGCUACAAACAACAAGGGCGUAGACAUUAUUGUCGAUUUCAUCGGUGCGAGCUACUUCCAGCAAAAUCUCAAAGCCAUCGCGAAGGAUGGAAUCAUUGUGAACCUAGGCUUUAUGGGUGGCACAAAAGUGCCGGAGGGUACAGAUAUCAGCGCCUUCAUUCUCAAACGGUGUACUUUUGUAGGGAGUAGCUUGAGGAGUCGGGAUGACGAAUAUCAAGGAAAACUCAGAGAUCAGCUUGUGGAGCAUGCGCUGCCAAAGUUCAAGGACGGCAGUUUUAAGCUAUUCAUUGAGAAGGUACUACCGUGGGAGCAGAUCCAGGAUGCGCAUCGCUUGUUGGAGGAGAACAAGACGAAAGGUAAAGUUAUUUGUACAAUAUCGUAG